UAGCGGGCUGAAGCUAGCGGGCUAGCUUCACGUAUCUCUGCACAUCAGCGCUUAGAAUUGGGGGCAUUACUAUGGAGCCUUUCCCGGUCUAACAUAUGUUUUUCUCAUGAAGACAAUGGAAUCUGUGAGAAGCUAAGGUGGACAAGUAUCGAUGGAGUCGUUUUUACAAAUAGCCCCGCACUCCCUGGCUAUAGUAUUGAGCAGAAACGGUUGUGAAGGGGGUGUGGGGACGAGCCGUGUGUCUGAGAGCGAGGAGCUGCCCAGACACCACACAGGAUAUGAGAUCUUCGCUGAUUUUAAAGCGGAGAACGCGCAACAGCGAGUGUGGAACCAGCGCAUCACCGAGGCCGUCUCCGAGACAUUCUUCCUGGGAUGGAUAGACGAGCAUGUGCUUCUGAUCCAGGGGAAGGAGGAUCACCUGGAGGUCCUGAGAGAGGGCUGGAUGCGGAGGUCCCUCAACCCCCCGCGGGGAUUCACCAUCAAAUACCUGGGUGAUGUGUCACCCAUCAGUAUGUCUCCCAUCAGCCAAUCACAGUUCAUCCCUUUGGGAGAAGUACUGUUACUGGCCAUCUCGGCUAUGAACUCUGCCCAUAAACCUGUGACUCAGGAAGCCCUGACUGAACACCUCCAGACAUGCUUCCCAGGCGUUCCCACUCCCACCGAGGAGGUGCUGCACCACACUCUGAGCAUGCUUGUCCGUGACCGUAAGAUCUACCCGACUCCGGAUGGAUAUUUCAUUGUGACCCCUCAGACCUACUUUAUCACUCCCAGUCUGAUCCGUACUAGUUCCAAGUGGUACCACCUCGACGAGUGCUCUGAGCGGCACCAGGCACAGCAACACCAGCAGACCCAGUGCACCUCUCCACUGUCUGGCCCCAUCACACCCUCAACAGCAGGGGGUGUCAGAGAACGCACUCACGCCAAAUCUGGCCAGAACCACAGCGAUCCCUUCUACAACUACAGAGCAGACGACCCUCCCAGUCACCACGCUACUCUGCAGCGACGCUCCCCGAAAGAGCACCGCGAUUACUCCUCUCCACACUCCCCUCACUCCCCACAGACCCCACCACAGCAGCUAGGUGCCCCUGACAAAAGUAGGGCCACCUUAAGCUUCCCUUUCAAGACUGACACACUGACCAAACAGCGGGCUGCGAGCGGAGGGGGGACGGGGAGUGCCACGCUGGGGGACACUGAUAAAUCGGGGACAGGGGGAAACAUGGGAAGUCGAAAGUUUGGCUUGAAGUUAUUCCGUCUGAGCUUUAAGAAGGACAAAACAAAGCAGCUGGCUACAUUCUCAGCACAGUUUCCUCCAGAAGAAUGGCCCCUGCGGGAUGAAGAGGUACCCAGCCAACUGCCCCGCCAUGUGGAGAUGGAGAUCAUCCGUCGUAUCAACCCUGACCUCACUGUGGAGAACCUGGCCCGCCACACGGCUGUCAUGAAGAGGCUAGAGGAGGAGCGUGCUCAGAGGAGUAAAGUGUCUUCGGCUAAUCACAGCUCAAGGAGUCGCCGCAGUGGCGGCCGGCACCGAAAACAAGUGCAAACCAAAGCCAGUCGGUCCCACAGUAAGACAAGGGGGUCGCGAGCUGAGCCCAGUGACAGCUCUCACCUGGAGCUAGCUGACAGGGACUACCGGGCUUACUCUUCAUCGUUGGCUCGUUCGCCACGAGAGCACGCCCUAGCCGUGGAGCGCCAGCGGGCUCGGCUCCAUCUAGCCCACAGCAACCCCAAUAUCCUGGAGGCCUCUCAUAUGCCUGUUACGCCUGAAUGGGACGUGUCUGGAGAGCUGGCCAAAAGAAGAACAGAGAUGCCUUUUCCUGAGCCUAGUCAUGGCCCGUCCGCACAACCCUCCAAAGUCCACCGCUCGCACUCCCAUACCCAGGAGAGGAAGUCAAGGCAUGAACGCAUUGACAAGGCCAAGGAACGCUCGCGUUCCAUGGACAACUCUAAAGGGCCCCUUGGCACAGGACUGAUGGGACCUCCAAAUUAUUUUGAUGACAGGAAUCGCUAUUACACUGAUGAUGGGACACUAAGAGCCAAUCAGAGCUCUUCACACUACUCCCGGACCACACCUCCUUCAGCUAAGCCCUCUGCUGAUGCUCUGGGCAUGGAUUAUGCCCGAAGCUUGGAGAAGAGUAAGAGCAGGGAUAGUCUACCAGCUUACUCACCCAAAACUCUGGCUACGUCAGUAGCCCCUGAUGACUACUUCCAGUGUUCUGGCUCCUCUGAUGCUGUCACGUCACUGAACCCUCUGGGAACUCUAAGUAAAAGCAGUCAUGAUGGCUUGAAAAUUGGCACUACUGACAGACAGGUGGAAAGACAGACACCACACCCAUCAGAAAUGAAAGAGGACUUGACAAAGGUUGGACCUAAAGGUGGCAGCUUGCCUCCUAUACCGCUGUCAGUUCCUGAGUCCCCUCUUACAAAUGGGAGACUUCCCCACAGUGCCUCUUCUGGUCAAGACAAACGUAAAGAUAUCUUUAGUAAAGACACUCUUUUUAAGCCCCCUCCCAGUCUGCCUCUGCCUGGUUAUAGUUCUUUGAGGAAACCUGCAGCCCUGGCCUCCACCACUCUGUCAUCUUCAUGUGAUGCUUUGGACUCAAAGGAGGUGUAUGAUGCCCCCAAGCCCCUGGUGGGUAACACCUCGACCCCUCCACAGGGGCCCAACAGCACGCCGAGUGCAGCAGAGGCAUCUUUUGACUACUAUAAUGUGUCAGAUGAUGAUGAGCUGGAGGAGAGUGGAGCUAAAGGCCGCGGAGCGACAGAGAAGGCUGGGGACGGAGGUGUGGGCAAGGUGGGAGGUACAGGUACCAUGCAGUGGCUCCUGGACCGAGAGAAGGAGCGAGACCUUCAGAGGAGAUUUGAAAGAACUCUCACCUUCCCUGGUGCUAAAGAUAACCUCCAAGAAGCCGGUCCCAACCAGCAGUCAGCGCACUCUGCCCGGCUGGACAGCAUGGACUCCAGCUCAGUGACUGUGGACAGUGGAUUCAACUCUCCGCGAACACGGGAGAGCCUAGCGUCAAACACUUCUUCCAUCGUAGAGAGUAACCGCAGACACAACCUGGCCCUGAGCCCCGGCCACUUGGGUCUCACCACAGCGGGAGCCCCCUUCUCCUUCCGUGCCAUCUCUGAGGCUGCAGGAACCCAGGCCGACAAGCUCCAAAAGCCCAGUGCCUGCCUGGCCUCCAUCACCAGCGUUUGAGCCCAUCGCAAAGCCAGGACUGUUGGAGCUCCAGAGCACUGCAGAGCUGCCACGCGGCCCCUCACCCCAGCGGCCCACACAUAGGCGCUGGGCUAAGGCCACAAUCAUCUCUGUGCACAGUGCGUCAUGUUCUCAAAGUCUGUGAGGGGCAUGUGUUUCUAUAGUCUCAGGUCAACUGUCUUUCCCUUUCAGCUGUUUCACUUCUGGCUGGGUUCACUUCACUCACCCAGCGAACCACUGCUGUGUGACUACAGCAUUUAGCAGCAGAUGUUUGUGUCAUGUUGAAGGCCAUGCAUUGAGCUUCCUAAGAUCUGACUUUAUUUAAACACAUUAAAACCUAGUAAGUGGGACAAAAAGGGCUUUCAUUUUCUUACUGGGCUGUUGAUUGAUGCAUAGCUGGUAUCACACUGCAUUCGUCCAGUCAGGGCGUUGGGAGUCAACACUAAAGAAUGGGCAGGAUACAGAGCAGUGAGAGCGUAGUAGAAAAGUAAAUAUGGUUAAUUCUUGCAGGCAAUUGCUUUAUCUUUAUCCAGUCAGAAUAACACCACUUCUUUCCUGGCGAAUCCAGAAUAUUUGUCUGUUUUUUUAAUAUAGAGGGAUAUCAGUCUGGUCCUCUUAACCUCCUUCGUGCCUCAAGUCUCAGAGUUUAGUUUGGAGCUUAGUUUUCUGUGGGAAUCCGCCAUGUUCUU